AUGAACAACACUCAGCAACCGAUUCGCUUCGCCAAGAAGCCUGUCUCGAGGAAGCGCGCGACAAAGGCGUGUCUUAAAUGUCGCAAGCGAAAGGUCCGGUGUGAUGUCACACGCACCUCGACGCCUUGUACCAACUGCCGACUCGAUGGCUGUGAAUGCGUCGUUGCUCGUCGUGCCGAUGCUUUUCCUAUUCCUCACCGUGGCGCCUCUAUCGCCUCCGACAAUGCGGACCUCAUUCGGGACUGUGAAGCCGUCACGGCAGCUGCUUCUACGACAUCGCCGACUUCGAACGAUGAUAACCCCACGAGUCCUGUCGACGAUGCGACUGCCGUGCUACAUAUAUUAGAAGAGAGCGAAUACAAGACAUCGGUCGAGCAUCAGGAACGGGUUGACCUCGAGUCGCCCACCACAAACUCCACUGAAGAUGUCAUCGAGGAGAUUAGAGAGAUCCCACCGUAUACACCCUCAAUCAUCGAAGAGCCCAGCGAACCCGUACGAUCCGAACUCAAAGCUCUAUACUCGUCAAUGCCCUUCCUUCGGACCCUCAACAUGCGCGACUGCGAUUUCCAUCACCUCAACGCCCAAGGCUGUCUACGCGUCCCGUCCAAGCCGAUCCUCGACGAAUUCAUCCGACAUUACUUCCUCUACAUCCAUCCAUUACUGCCUCUCAUCAACGAAGCCGAUUUCUGGAAUGCGUACGAUCCUACGCCUAAUUCUGCGACGUCUGGGACGCCUGUUUCGAUGCUUCUGCUGCAAUCAAUGAUGUUUGCUUCGUGUACUUUUGUCUCUAAAGAGAGUCUCCGCACGUUGGGAUUCGCCACCAUCCUUGAAGCCAAGGAGGCUUUCUACACCAAGGCCAAGCUUCUAUACGAUUUCUCGACCGACCCCGAUCCCAUCUCCAUCGCACAGUCCGCCCUCCUCCUGACCUACUGGUGUCCGACCUUCCGUUCCGGACCUGGCAAGGCGAACAGUAGAUGGCUCCGAAUUGCCAUUCAACACGCCAAGUCAUGCGACGCCGAUAGUUACGACUCUCCCUCCUAUGGACUACAUAUAUCACAACAAGAUGUCAAGAGACGAAACAUACUUAAACGUAUCUGGUGGUGCUGCAUUAUCCGCGACCGAAUCAUGCCCCUCUGCGUUCGAAGGAACAUCCAGAUCACAAGUGCCCAUUUCGACUUUGCCAACUGCUCUCCGUUAUGUUACGAUGAUCUCGUCGAUGAACUCGAGUCAUCGCGGGUCUACAACAUCGCCACAAAGCACAAGCUCAUCCUCACGUUAGAACGACUGACAGAACUUUGUGUUACGUUGACAGACGUCCUGGGCCUGGUAUAUCCGACAGAGACAUUGCCGAUUUUAGAUGCGGAAGCACAUUCAACAGCAUAUGCGCAAGUGCAGGAACACAAGAGGUCACUGAAGAACUGGGCAGUGGCUACAAGACCACCGCUCGCCAUUCAAGAUUUGACAUUGAGCUCAGGAGGAUACGAGGACUCUGCGGUAUUGUUCACCAACCUAGUCUGGAUCUAUUUCCACGCUAGUCAAGUCGCCCUCUGCAACUACGAACUCCAUCUCGGUCUAAUACUAGGUCUCGUCAACCAAAAUCCCACCACAUCACACGAAACCCUAUUCCUCAAGAACAACCGAAGAGAUCUCCGAAACGCGACAAAGAGCAUAGCAGAAUGCUUCGCCCGACUACAUCCACACCGACUCACCCGAUGGCUACCCAGCAGCGCUGUAGCAUGCACAGCCCUCCCGCUCGCGAUGCACAUGGUCGACAUGAAGAUGUCUACUGCCUCUUCCGCAACUGAGAUAUGGGCCCGUCCCGAAGUUGCUUCCAAGCAAUCACGACUCAACGUCCUUAUCCAAGUUUUCCGGGAGCUUCACCCCAAGUACGACGGCGUGCAUUCUAUUUCCAAGACAAUUCGGUACUUUAUGGAGUGUAGUGAUCGCGAGGAACCUUCGCAAAUGAUGCUUACCAACGAUCACGCUGAUGUCCUGGCCCGAAACCCAACACAAUACCUUCGACUGGCUUUGACUAUCGAUGUGUGUCUAAGCCAAGAUCGUUUGGCUCAAGAUAGUGACUUCCCAGCUGCCUUGAGACGCUUCUUCAACAGAAACCGGUCCUUAAUGCCCAUGCUACUAGGACAACCACAAUUCGCACCAAUGCCAAUGACACAGCAAAUAACACUCCCUCGACCGCUCUCACCGGCAACAUAUGCAAAAAGCUUUUCGCGAUGGAUGGAAGACGAUCCCUCUGUGGGUUUUGCCAUGCAGAUGGGAAUAGACAUAGGACCUCAAUCGCCUGUAGUCUACGAAGUUGCGGAACGAGCACAGAAAACACAGUCAGAGAGUACCGAAGAGCCAUCUCCCGUGUCGGAACAGUCACAGUUCAGUGAGUCGGUCAUGGGCAUGGAGACGACUGAGGAUCUGUUACAGCGUCUUCAAGGGGCGGUGAGUUGGGCUCAGAAUGAUCAAGCUUUGUAUUUUGCCCAAGAGAUGGGUUUGCUGUCUGAUGGUAUUGGGUUCAAACAAGGUUACAACCAAGAUUUUAACCAAGGUUUUUUGUAA